AUGGUCUUAUCCCGUGUUAGCAAUGCCUGGCUCGUCCUGCUGUUCGUAGGCAUAGCAGUCGCAUCUGUCUUUGGUGGCAAUGCCUCGAAAAACGUCUCCAGCGCCUCCCUGAGCCUGGGGGAGCUGGGAGACAAGCUCCAGACCUGCAAAGUCGUCCAGCAGCUCAACGACGAGAAGCUCGCCAGCUCCGCCGAGACCUCCACCGUGACCUCCAAGAUCUUCGCCGCCCUCUUCCCCGGCAGCCCGGCCGUGAACGCGCUCCUCGCAACCCUCUACAUCUCCGGCCCCCCAAACUUCCUGUUGGCGCUGUGCCCGCCCAACAUCGACCCGGCGUCGCUGUCCGUCAUGGUCGCGUUUGCCGUGGGCGGGCUGCUGGGCGACACGCUGUUCCACCUGCUGCCCGAGAUCUUCGUCGGCGAGGCCAGCCCCGAACACGUGAGCUUCGUCCUCGUGGAGCCGAAUCGCAACCUGCUGCUUGGGGUUGCCAUCAUGGUUGGGUUCAUGACCUUCGUGGCCAUGGACAAGGGGUUGCGCAUCGCGACGGGCGGCGAGGGACACGACCAUGGUCAUGGUGGUCAUUCACACGAGCAGUUGGAUCAGGCUAAAGCUACAUCGACUGCGAUGGAGGCUUCGGGGAAGGCUUCGGGGAAGGAGGCCAAGAACCGCAAGAAGGGGAAGAACGGGACCAAGAGUGCCGAGCUGGAGCGCAAGGGCGAAAGGGAGAUCAGUCCGAGCGUCAAGCUUGGCGGCUAUCUCAACCUGAUCGCCGACUUCACCCACAACAUCACCGACGGCCUAGCCAUGUCGGCAUCAUUCUACGCAUCUCCGACCAUUGGCGCCACGACGACCGUAGCGGUCUUUUUCCACGAGAUCCCGCACGAAGUGGGUGAUUUCGCACUGCUGAUCCAGUCAGGAUUCUCAAAAAGGGUGGCCAUGGGCGCGCAGUUCGUGACAGCCCUGGGUGCGCUGCUCGGGACGCUGAUCGGCAUCGCUGUCCAGGAGUUUGGCGGUGGCAGUGCGGAUAGCAAUUCCAUCAGCAUGACGGGCGGCAUCUGGGGCACCAGCUUGACGUAUGGCGAUCUGCUGCUGCCUUUCACGGCCGGGACCUUCCUGUAUGUCGGGACGGUGGCCGUCAUCCCGGAGCUGCUGGAGACGGGCCCCAACAAGGCGCAGGAGUUUCGCAAGAUGGUUGUGCAGUUUGCCGCUAUUGCGGUUGGCGCUGGUAUCAUGUUGUACAUCUCGUGGGACUAG